UAACACCAUUGCAGGUUACUCACUGCUUAGCCCUCCCGACCUUGCUUGACAUUGCUUCUCUCACCGCCUGACUCGACCUGGAAAAGCAACCUAGAUGCCUGACAGUGGGCUCCCAGCCUUUUGUGGCAAAACCACGGGAGACCCUUCCUUCCCAGCAGCAAACCGGUCUCAACUGAUGUUGCCCGGGCUGUUCAGCCCAAAGGCCUUUAUGCAGAUAUAUCGGGCUCCCCGAAGUUGGUUGCCUUGCCAAAGGACCCAGGACCCCUUUCAAAAUUUGACCAUUUCCUGCUCUCUGAGGUUCCCAUGUACAUAUGUCACCUGUUCUUAUCCCCUCUCCAGCAGUCUUGACUGUUCAAGGGGUCCUUCCUAACCCGUCAAUGCCUGCUUAACAAUUGGCUAGGUUGUCACGCCGUCCCUCUUCAAUGAACCGGCAACGUCUCUCCAAGAAACACACCCCCCAACAUCGUAAACCGAGAGUAGUCUUUCAGAGGCAUGUCCUACAACCGCGGGCUUGAUGACUAUGGCAAUCUCAAAUUGACUGAGCAAUCUGAGCUUGCUACGGGACAGGUGGGGGCGCACCACUGGCGACUGGUACCGAGGUAGGUACCUUACCUAGAUACGGUAGUAAAUUUGUCCUGGGAACACGACUUGCAGCCCUCAUCCCCCGCCUUCACGCACACAACCACAUAGACUG